UCGUGAUUACACUGUACUUUACAUGUAGUAGCACGCGAAUGUGCUGCCAUCGUACACAAUUUUAGAGUAACAUUUUUAACAAAAAAAUAUCUCGCCUAAAUUGGGGGUAUUUCAUACACGUUUUGUGUGGCGGCCAUCGUGCACGUACUUUUCCUUUGUUAGUGAAAUAAUUGUGUUUUUACUAAGUUUAGUGUAGUGUUUUGUGUUUGCGGAUAACAUGGGAAAACGCAAACAUCGUGAGGAAGAUGAGGAAGAUUACUUGGAAAGAAAAAUCCGAAGUCUCGAGAGGAAAAGAUUGAAGAUUCGUCGCAGGCGCCGUCAUCGUAGUUAUAGCCCUAGUACGUCCUCAUAUACAGAUAAUGAAUAUGAGUAUGCGGACCAAGAUAUCGGUGAACCCGAUCCCUUGCUAGAGGAUUCGCAAUAUGAAGAAUCCCCAUUGACCAACAAUACUGUAUACGACUUAACCGAUGAUGAGGCCGGUGCUUCAACGUCGGGUGCGCUGCCUGCUGCUGGCGGGCUGCGAUCGGUGGUCAUACAGAAUGGAAGCGCCGCCGGGCCCCGCGCGGUGGACGCGCCGGCCCCCGCGCCCCCUCCCGCACCCGCCGCCGCCGCCGCGCCGGCGUGCGCGCCCGCGGCCGCGACCACCACGCCGGCUGCGCCCGCUCCCGCGCCUACAUCCGCAGCUACCACCACACAGGUGACCGGUGAACAAAUUGGUUUACAAGAAUCUACGCCGAUUAUGACCGCGCUUGAUCCCGGUUUAUUAUGUUUGUUGGGCGAUGAGCCCGUAAAAGAAGAAACAUUUGGUCCUUGCAUUCACGACGAUAUAUCGACGAGAUAG